CCGGCGGACUCGGCGCGGUGAGCUUCCUGUCCCACUGCCGCGCCGGCCCACGCUGCCGCUCGGGACGCGGUUCGCCCGGAGCCCCAAACCUUCGCCGGCGACACCCCGGCCCCAUGCAGUCCCGGCUCCUGCUGCUCGGGACGCCCGGCAGCCCCGGCGGCGCGGCCGCUCGGCGCGUGCGGCUGCUCCUGCGGCAGGUGGUGCGCGGCCGGCCGGGCGGCGACGGGCGUCCGGAGGUCAGACUGCUGCACGCCGGGGCGGGGGCCGACACAGGUGACACAGUUAGUAUUGGAAAUGUAUCCUACAAGUUGAAAACUCCUAAGAGCCCGGAACUUGUGCCACAGAACUACAUUUCAGACUCUCUGGCUCAAUCUGUAAUUCAGCAUCUAAGAUGGAUAAUGCAGAAGGAUCUCCUGGGGCAGGAUGUCUUUCUAAUAGGACCUCCUGGGCCUCUUCGACGCUCUGUUGCUAUGCAAUACCUGGAGCUGACCAAACGGGAAGUCGAAUACAUUGCCUUGUCAAGGGACACCACGGAAACCGAUCUCAAACAGCGUCGAGAGAUCCGUGCAGGCACAGCCUUUUACAUCGAUCAGUGUGCAGUUCGUGCAGCCACAGAAGGCAGAACUCUCGUUUUGGAAGGCUUGGAAAAGGCGGAGAGGAAUGUUUUGCCUGUUUUGAACAACUUGCUGGAAAACAGGGAGAUGCAGCUUGAAGAUGGACGCUUCCUAAUGUCUGCAGAGCGUUAUGACAAACUUCUCAAGGAUCAUACGAAAGCAGAACUGGAUGCGUGGAAGAUUGUUCGAGUUAGUGAAAAUUUCCGAGUGAUUGCUUUGGGCUUGCCAGUGCCUAGGUACUCUGGGAAUCCAUUAGACCCCCCUCUUCGUUCUCGAUUUCAAGCCAGAGAUAUUUAUUAUCUACCCUUCAAGGACCAACUUCAACUGUUAUAUUCUGUUGGAUCCAAUGUUUCUGCUGAAAAAGUUUCUCAGCUUUUGUCUUUUGCUACCACACUCUGUACCCAAGAAUCUUCUACUCUAGGACUUCCGGAUUUUCCUUUAGAUAGUUUACCAGCUGCAGUUCAAAUCCUGAAUUCCUUUCCUAUGAUGUCAAUCAAACAUGCAAUCCACUGGCUUUACCCGUACACUAUUUUACUAGGACAGGAAGGGAAGAUGGCUGUGGAAGAUGUUUUAAAACGCUUUGAACUCCAAGAUUCAAGAAGCUCUUUGCUUCCUGAAGAGAUUGUGAGAGUGGAAAGGAUGACUGAAAAUCACAUCUCCCAAGCUUCUGUUACUGUCCGGAUUGCAGGAAAAGAGGUGACCAUUAAGGUGCCAGCUGGGACUAGGCCAUUCAGUCAGCCUUUUGCAUCAGAACGUUUUAUACAGACUUUAAGCCAUAAACAACUACUGGCUGAAAUGAUGCAGUCUCACAUGGUUAAGGACAUAUGUUUAAUUGGAGGAAAAGGUUGUGGAAAAACAGUCAUCGCUAAGAACUUUGCAGAUACCUUAGGAUACAACAUAGAACCUAUCAUGCUCUAUCAGGAUAUGACAGCUCGUGAUCUGCUACAGCAGAGAUACACUCUUCCCAAUGGAGACACCGCCUGGCGGUCCUCGCCCCUUGUGAAUGCUGCUCUGGAGGGAAAGCUGGUCCUGUUGGAUGGCAUUCAUCGGGUCAACGCAGGCACGCUCGCUGUGUUGCAAAGGUUGAUCCAUGAUCGAGAGCUAAGCCUCUAUGACGGUUCCAGGCUACUGAGGGAAGACAGGUAUAUGCGUUUAAAGGAGGAGCUGCAAAUGUCUGAUGAGCAGCUACAGAAGAGAUCCAUUUUUCCUGUCCACCCGUCCUUCAGAAUCAUUGCCUUGGCAGAGCCCCCUGUUAUUGGAAGCACAACACAGCAGUGGCUGGGGCCAGAAUUCUUAACCAUGUUCUUUUUCCAUUACAUGAAACCACUUGUCAAAAAUGAAGAAAUCCAAGUGAUUAAGGAAAUGGUACCAAAUAUUCCUCAGGAAGCUUUGGACAAAUUGUUAUCAUUUACACACAAACUCAGAGAGACACAGGAUCCAACGGCACAGUCAUUGGCAGCAUCACUUUCUACCAGACAGCUGUUGCGAAUUUCUCGUCGGCUGUCACAGUACCCUAAUGAAAAUCUUCACAGUGCUGUCACUAAAGCCUGCCUUUCCAGGUUUUUACCAAGCCUUGCAAGGUCAGCAUUAGAAAAAAAUCUGGCAGAUGCUUCAAUAGAAAUAAGUACUGAUGAUAAUCUAGAACCAGAACUGGAGGAUUACAAAUGUGAAAUAGCAUCUGGCUCUCUGAGAAUUGGCGCUAUUAGUACACCAAUCUAUAAUGCCCACGAGAAAAUGAAAGUGCCUGAUGUUCUGUUCUACGACAACAUUCAGCAUAUGAUAGUGAUGGAAGAUAUGCUCAAAGACUUUCUUCUUGGAGAACAUCUGUUAUUGGUUGGUAACCAGGGUGUAGGAAAAAACAAGAUUGUUGACAGAUUCCUUCAUCUGCUCAAUAGACCCCGAGAAUAUAUCCAGCUGCACAGGGACACCACGGUACAAAGCCUUACUCUUCAGCCUUCUGUUAAAGAUGGACUUAUUGUGUAUGAAGACUCACCUUUGGUUAAAGCAGUAAAGUUGGGUCAUGUUCUGGUAGUAGAUGAGGCUGACAAGGCCCCAACAAAUGUUACCUGUAUUUUAAAAACUCUAGUAGAAAAUGGAGAAAUGAUUCUAGCAGAUGGAAGACGCAUCGUUGCAAAUUCUGCUAAUGUCAAUGGAAGAGAAAAUGUUAUAGUGAUUCAUCCUGAUUUUAGGAUGAUUGUUCUGGCCAACAGACCUGGAUUUCCUUUCCUUGGCAAUGAUUUCUUCGGUACUUUAGGUGAUAUUUUUAGCUGUCAUGCAGUUGAUAAUCCCAAGCCCCACUCGGAGCUUGAGAUGCUCAGGCAGUAUGGACCAAAUGUGCCGGAGCCCGUCCUUCAGAAGCUCGUGGCUGCCUUUGGAGAGCUGAGGAGUUUAGCUGACCAGGGGAUUAUUAGCUACCCUUAUUCUACCAGAGAAGUUGUCAACAUAGUCAAGCACUUACAGAAAUUUCCCACCGAAGGUCUCUCCAGUGUGGUUAGGAACGUGUUUGACUUUGAUUCCUACAACACCGACAUGAGGGAGAUUUUAAUUAAGACUUUGCACAAGUACGGGAUACCUAUUGGAGCAAAACCUACCAGUGUGCAGCUGGCGAAGGAGUUGCCUCUGCCAGAGCAGACAUUCAUGGGCUACUGGACCGUGGGCCAGUCAAGAGAUGGAAUGCAGAAACUGUUGUGUCCUGCAGAAACUCAUCAUAUAGACAUAAAGGGUCCAGCACUUAUAAACAUACAGGAGUAUCCAAUAGAAAGACAUGAAGGAAGAUUUCAAACCUUCACUGAAGAAUGUGCCUCCUGGAAGUUGCCAUUGGAUGAAAUUAACAUAAUCUGUGACAUCGCUACAUCACAUGAAAAUGAGGAAUAUACUCUGUAUGUAGUGACUUGCAAUCCUGUUUCCUUAUACUUCAUGAGUAUGGCUGGGAAAAUUGGCUACUUUGUGGACUUUUUUGACAUCUUCCCACGAACCGCCAGUGGAGUUUGGCACCCAUUUGUGACAGUGGCACCCCUGGGAAACCCCCUCAAUGGUCAAGUGGUCCUCCAUGAGCAGCAGAGUAAUACCAUCCUAUUGUUGGAUACCAUUGGCCGAGCCGUUCGUCGUCUCAUCCUCCCUUCAGAAGAAGUUACAUCUAAGAAACCUUCCUGGUGGAACAAGGAAGAAGCUGAAACGUAUAAAAUGUGUAAAGAAUUUUCGCACAAAAACUGGCUAGUAUUCUACAAAGAAACAGGGAGCAACUUGACUGUGCUGGAUGUGCUAGAAGGGCGAACUCAUACCAUCUCACUUCCCAUCGACCUCAAGACAGUUUUUCUUGUAGCAGAGGACAAAUGGCUUCUGGUGGAGAGCAAAACCAAUCAGAAAUACCUUUUAACUAAACCUGCACAUAUCGAAUCUGAGGAUAGUGGGGUUUGCCAGUUGUAUGUAUUGAAGGAGGAGCCGCCCAGCACAGGGUUUGGAGUUACACCAGAAACAGAUUUCAGCAUACCUCAUAGAAUUUCAAGUGAGCAGCUAUCAUCUGAGAAUCUGAGUUCAGCUGUGGGACAAAAGAUAGCCUCUCCUAACCGAAUUCUCUCAGAUGAGAACAGUUAUGCUACAGCCAUUGUUGGUUUCCCAGAUCUCAUGUCUCCCAGUGAAGUUUAUUCUUGGAAAAGGCCAUCAUCUUUGCAUAAAUCAAGGGUCACUGAUACAGCGUUCUAUGGGGGGAAGAAGAAAAGUGGAACUCCAAAACAGAGCAAUUGUGUGACUCUUGUGGACACUAAUCAGAUAGUCCGGAUUUUGCCCCCAGGAGAAGUCCCUCUAAAAGAUAUCUACCCAAAAGAUGUUACCCCUCCACAUACAUCUGGUUAUAUAGAAGUCACUGAUCUUCAAUCAAAAAAACUCCGAUAUAUCCCUAUUCCCAGAUCAGAAUUUCUCUCCCCAUAUACCACAUGGAUAUCUACUAUUUCAGACACAGAUGCACUGCUAGCUGAGUGGGGCAGAGGUGGUGUUGUUACUGUUGAUAUGGGAGGUCAAAUCAGACUUUGGGAAACUGGACUUGAACAACUGCAACGCUCACUCAUGGAAUGGAGAAACAUGAUUGGACAAGAUGACAGACAUAUGCAGGUAACAAUCAACAGAGAUAGUGGUGAAGAUGUGAGCUCUCCUAAACAUGGGAAGGAAGACCCUGACAACAUGCCCCACAUGGGCGGCAAUACGUGGGCUGGCGGAACAGGGGGAAGAGACACUGCAGGUCUGGGUGGCAAAGGAGGUCCUUACCGGCUGGACGCAGGCCACACAGUGUACCAGGUCUCUGAGGCCGAAAAGGACGCGGUUCCCGAGGAGGUGAAGAGAGCUGCGAGAGAGAUGGGCCAGAAAGCGUUUCGGCAGAGGCUGAAGGAGAUCCAAAUGAGUGAAUAUGAUGCCACAACUUACGAAAGAUUCUCAGGUGCUGUCCGAAGGCAGGUGCACUCCCUCCGGAUCAUCCUGGAUAAUUUACAGGCUAGAGGUAAAGAGAGACAGUGGCUCAGACACCAAGCUACUGGAGAACUCGAUGAUGCCAAGAUCAUUGAUGGGCUGACUGGAGAGAAAACCAUCUACAGACGCCGGGGUGAUCUGGAGCCACAAGUGGGAAGCCCCCAACAGAAACCCAAGCGUCUGCGCCUGGUGGUGGAUGUGUCUGGCAGCAUGUACCGCUUUAACGGCGUGGAUGGCCGGCUGGAGCGCUCCAUGGAGGCUGUGUGUAUGGUAAUGGAAGCCUUCGAGAACUAUGAAGAGAAGUUCAAGUAUGACAUCGCUGGACACUCUGGAGACGGCUACAACAUUGAUCUGGUUCCAAUGAACAAAAUCCCCAAGGACAAUAAGCAAAGACUAGAAAUUCUGAAGACGAUGCAUGCCCAUGCUCAGUUCUGCAUGAGUGGGGACCACACUUUAGAGGGGACAAAGCAUGCCAUCCAGGAAAUUGUCAGAGAAGAAGCUGAUGAGUACUUCGUCAUCGUCUUGAGUGAUGCGAACCUGUCCCGAUAUGGGAUACAUCCUGCCAAGUUUGCCGAAAUCCUGACAAGCAACCCUCAAGUUAAUGCUUUUGCCAUCUUUAUUGGAUCUUUAGGUGAUCAAGCAGCCAGGCUUCAGAGAACUUUGCCCGCUGGCCGGUCUUUCAUUGCCAUGGAUACCAAGGACAUCCCUCAGAUUUUACAGCAGAUCUUCACCUCCACCAUGUUGUCCAGUGUUUAAGAAGUGCCCUUUGUCACCCUAAGGCCUGGGAGUUGCAAUAAGAUGGGAAUAAAGAGUACUCUGAAGAAAAACAGGCACAGUAAAGA